CCGUGGAUAGAGAGGGAGGGAGGAAGGUAUAGAGGGAGGACGGGGUAAAAGAAACGAAAAGACGAAAGAGGAGGGGGCACCGCUUCUGACGCCAGUGAUACAGAGAGAGAGAGAGAGAGAGAGAUGCGAGGAAUGUGGCGCUAAUGAGAAAACGUAGCGCAACGCAGGAGCAGGAGGGAAAAAAGAAGGAAAAGAAUAGUUUGAUGAGGAGAAAGAUAGAGAAAGACCGACACUCAGCAAACACGCAUGGAAAGGAUUGCUAUUAAGCGUUAUUGGCAGAGCCGUGCGGGGAUUUUCUGACGCUCCUCAUGCGGAGAUUUGAGCUUGCGGAUUCGUCUCGGCUCGGUUGAACCAUGCAGGGGCUUCUGCAGCUUCUCCUGAGUCUGGCGCUCACUUCUCACACGGUGUGGAUGGCCCGGUUCUCUCAGGAGCCAGCAGAUCAGUCGGUGGUUCUGGGUCAAAGAGUGGUCCUGUCCUGCGUGGUCUUCAAUUACUCAGGCAUUGUGCAGUGGACCAAGGAUGGGCUGGCUUUAGGCAUUGGAGAAGACCUUCGAGCUUGGCCAAGGUACCGUGUGUUGCGGCUGGUGGAUGUGGGGCAGUACAAUUUGGAGAUCUCAUCUGCUGAACUCUCCGAUGACUCUCUCUAUGAGUGCCAGGCUACAGAGGCUGCCCUGCGCUCCCGCAGAGCCAAACUCACUGUUCUCAUUCCCCCAGAUGAGCCGGUUAUUGAGGGUUCCCCAGAGAUCCUUCUCACUGCAGGGGUUACCUACAACCUGAGCUGCGUGUCGCGUGGAGCCAAACCCCCUGCAGUUAUAGAAUGGCAAAAAGACGGGCUGCCUGUAGAGGGGGCAGUCAGCACAACAGAGGUGCUACCUGACAGGAAGCGAGUGACCACGCGUAGCUUCCUGCCCAUUGUCCCAGUGGAUACAGACACAGGAAAGAACUUCACAUGUGUGGCCAGCAACCUGGCUGCACCCUUGGGCAAACGCGCCGCUAUCACCCUCAAUGUGCACCAUCCUCCUGUGGUGGUGUUAUCCAUUGAACCACGUUCUGUGCUGGAAGGAGAGAGAGUGACAUUCACCUGCCAAGCCACUGCCAAUCCCCCAGUUAUGGGCUACAAAUGGGCUAAAGGCGGUGUGGUCAUCCAGGGUGCGAGAGAGAGUGUGUUUGUCACUAAAGCUGACCACUCUUUUUUCACCGAGCCUGUUUCUUGCCUAGUGUUCAACGCUGUGGGGAGCACCAACGUCAGCAUACUGGUGGACGUCCACUUUGGCCCUAUCUUGGUGGUAGAGCCAAAGCCAGUGACAGUGGACAUGGAUUCUGAUGUCACGUUGAACUGUAAGUGGGCAGGCAACCCCCCUCUCACCCUCACAUGGACAAAGAAGGGGUCCAGCAUGGUGCUGAGUAACAAUAACCAGUUGUAUUUGAAGUCAGUGAGCCAGGCUGAUGCUGGCCAAUAUGUGUGUAAAGCUAUAGUACCCAGGAUCGGAGUGGGAGAAACAGAGGUCGCUCUCACUGUCAAUGGUCCCCCUAUUAUAUCCAGUGAGCCAGUCCAGUACGCAGUCAGAGGAGAGAGAGGCGAGGUCAAGUGUUACAUCGCAAGCACUCCUCCUCCCGACAAGAUUGUGUGGGCGUGGAAGGAGAACGUGUGGGACAAAGAGAAAGGGACUCUACCAGAACGCUACACGGUGGAGCAGAGUAAGCCGUCCUCUGAUGGAGGAGCAGUGCUGUCUACUCUCACCAUCAACAACGUCAUGGAGUCCGACUUCCAGUCCACCUACAACUGCACAGCCUGGAACGCAUUCGGCCCAGGAACCAUGAUCAUCACUCUGGAAGAGACUGAAAUCGUUCCAGUUGGUAUCAUUGCUGGCAGCACUGUAGGCUGCUCCAUUCUGCUAUUGCUCUGUCUGCUGGCAUUAGUCCUGUUCCUAUAUCGUCAGCGGAAAGGAAGUCGCCGCGGGGUCACACUCGGCAAACCAGACAUCAAGGUGGAGACAAUAAAUAAAGAAACCCACAGCUUAGAGGAAGACUCAGCCAGCGUCUCCACAGCAAGCCGCAUGGUCAAAGCUAUGUACUCGUUUUUGCCCUCUGUGACCCUUUCUCCCUCCUCUCAGCCUUUUAAAGAUGACAUCGAUAUCAAACCGGACCUACGCAGUGAAACCUUGGACACACGUCAGGACUAUGAGAUCAAGGACCCUACAAACGGCUAUUACAACGUGCGAGCCUCGACCCAUGAUGAAGGUCGCCCUGCCUCCCGCUCCAUGCACUAUUCUGACUAUCGGACCUCUACUGCACCAGGCGGUGCUGCAACUGUUAGUGGUAGCUCAGGCAGCGGAGCCACAGCAGGUCCUGGAACACCGAGCAGCUUGGCUCCUGGGUCACGAGCCGGCUGCUACGACCCUCGACCUCCUUCCAGACUCAGCUAUGCCCAGUUUAACACCUUCAGCAGACCAAGUCAGUCUCAGCAGCCUCCGCCCAGCUCCGGGCCUCAGACAGGCGACUUUCCAGCUGAAUGCAGUCUCCUAGACUCGACACCACAGUUACCAUACGAGAACUACAGCUACCCAUCGCACUACCCCACGUACCGUCUUGGCUUUGCUCCUCCCAGCCUCGCUCCAUUAGAAAGCGGCGCAGCGUACGAGAUGUACAGCGUGGGGCCGGGUGUGGGCGUCGGAGGCACUGCUGCAACCCCGGAGAGCGGACUCGGGAAGUACGGUAGCUCCACACGCUUUUCCUACACCUCGCAGCAUUCCGACUAUUCCCACCGACACACACAGAGGAUGCAGACGCACGUGUGAAGGAGGAGCAUAAUGCCACGCUGCGCUGCUCUUCCUCACUUCAGCACACACACUUGACCACACGCACACAAACAUACACAGGAGGAAGUUGUAAAGAAAGGGAGAAUGAGUAGUAGGAAUCAGAUCAGAAAGCACAGAAGAGAGAGUGGAAGGGAAAUUGAGAGGUGAAGGAAAUCUCUUCUUCAGCUUUUUCUGCUUAUUUCCUCAGCUCAAGGAACUGAUAGCGAAAGUCACAAUCAAGAUGAGAAAAGUAGCAUUACUGAAGAAUCUAAGCUCUUCAAAAUGCUGACUGUAUAGGUGUGAAUAUCCUGUAGUUAGCAUGACCACAGACAUCUUGUGAACUGAAGGAAGCUUCUGUGUUUGUGGAAAAAAAACGACAUAGCAGCGGUGGUCAUGGAAGACUUUUGUAUGAUAUGAAUUCUCGUUAAUGGCUUCUUCAACUCGUCUCCACACCUUUACAAGGCAAAUAUAAGAAAGCAAUAUAACACCGAUUACACCUACAGUAGACUUGCAGUGGUUCAAUGAUGAUUCUAUAACAGAUUUUUAUUAAUUCCUCACAUCUAGCCAUGAGCAAAGCACCAAACAAAGCACAACACUAUAUGACCAUAUAUCUUUGGCUACCAAAGCAUUAGGGGUGUAACGACACAGCAUCAUUCGAUACGAGGUUCUCAAUUCAAUAUGUCAAUACAUUCAACAGGCUGCAUAGUAAAGUAGGCUAUUUGGCAUAAAAUACUGCUUAUAUUACACGAGGUGCAAUAAACAUUUAAACUUAAUCAAGACCACAGAUUCUCUUCUAUGGUUAAAAUGUCAGAAUACUGAUCGAAAGGUCAUGAGUUUAAAUCCCAGCGCUGCCAAGCCGCCACCACUGGGCCCUUGAGUAAGGCCCUUAACCCUUAAUUGCUCAAUUGUAUAAAUUAGGUAAAUGUAAGUUGCUCUGGAUAAGGGCGUCUGCCAAAAUGCCCGAAAUGUUUUUCAUGAGCUAAUACACUAACAUACUAGCAUAUUACCUCAAGAAAAGCAGCAACGGCUACAGCAAGCAGGAACUGGAAAGUUCCUACAGAUCUUUAAGUUCUGGUGUAUGAGACUGUCAUAUUUGGUUUCCUGGAAACAGUAAGUAAAACUCUGAUGGCCAGUGACCUAUGCUUCUAUGUCAGUUGGUAGAACUAGAUGAAAACAAAAAGCAGCACAUGCACACAUCUCUCUACUGAUUUACAGGUUACAGAAAAUCACAGAGUUAGGGAGCUACCGAAAUGAGACCCUGCUCGGUAAAGGAGAACGCAGGAGUCAAAAACACAUUUGCACAACAGAGAGAUGUGUGACACGGAGUGCAUAACAAUUCAACAGCAGAAUAAAAAAAAAAACCCUGCUAAAUAAACAAAUGUUGAAUUAGAUGUUUUAAUUGGUGGGUUAGUGGUUAGCAUGUUUGCCUCACACCUCUGGGGUUGGGGGUUUGAUUCCCGCCUCUGCCCUGUGUGCGUGGAGUUUGCGUGUUCUCCACGUGCUUCGGGGGCUUCCUCAGGGUACUCCGGUUUCCUCCCCCAGGCCAAAGAUAUGCGUUGCAGGCUGAUUGACAUUUCCAAAUUUUCCAUAGUGGGUGAACGUGUGUGCGAUUGUGCCCUGCCUACCCCGUCCAGGGUGUCCCCCGCCUUGUGCCCCAAGUUCCCUGGGAUAGGCUCCCUGUGAGCCUGUGUAGGAUAAGCAGUACAGAUAAAUGGAUAGAUGAAGUUCAUUACAUCUUAGUGCACAGCUUUAGUUCAGUUAUAUGCUGUUAAUAGUCAGAAUGGAUCACACAAACACUAUCAUUGUUGCAUUUCAAUUACAGUCCUUUUAUAAUGUUGAAUAUUUCAAUCAGUGGAAAAUGGAAACCUAAGACACCUUCAGACAAUGCUUAUUUAUAUUGUAUUGAAAUGUAUUGCAUCGAGACACCACUGUAUCGAAAUCAUAUCAAAUUUGAAUUCUGUGUGUUGUUACACCCCUACAAAGCAUGAGUGAUCAAUUGGACACUAGGUGAUGAAAGGUCAAGGUCAAUACACUUACCUACUUUACCUGUUAAUUAGUAUCUAGUCUGUAUUCUAGAUUGCUAAGCUACCUCAUGAAGUGGGCUACAAGCCUUAUCAUUUAGAACAAUUAUAGGAAGAAAAACAGUACGUGGUUCAGUUACCUUUUAUUAGAACGUUGUCUCUGGCAGAAUGCUUUCGUUCUCAUUAAUGAAGUUGCAACUCGUGUCAUUGAAUUAAAGCACUUUUUUGUUGAUAUAAAAAUAGAUGCAUAAGGAAAAGAGACCAGUUUAGGAAGCCAUCACCCAUAGCCAAUGAUAGCAAUUUUUCUUUCUUUCACUCGUUCUCUCUUUCUUUCUUUUACUUUUCAUGAUGGGACAAGCCACUGGGUUGGCACAUCAGUUGGUGGAGUAUACAGUGAGAUGCGCAAGGGGGCAUCAUAGUAAACCAUAUAUUUUUUCAAAGUGUUUUUACAUGGUGAUUAGUUGAUCUUCGAGCACAUACAGUAUAGCUGCAUAUACACAGUAUAUGUGUGUCUAUAUGUCUGAAUUCCCCACUCAUUCCCAUGGUGCUUUGUAGUGGGGUCAUUGUUUGCACUGCAUUCCAGUAUUCUAGCAUAGAUUAUUACCCUUAUAAUCUACCUGUAAUCUCUCAUUUGCACACUAGGCUAGAGUGUUUUGACUAGUCCCAAAAUACAGAAUUAUUAUUAUUUUUUUCUCUCAAAUUUCUGUAAAGAAUUGUGGACCAAAGGUUCAUCGUUAGAGUGUCUGUCUUUAUUUAGGUGAUAUUCACCUCAACAAACAAGGAAAUAUGCAGAUAUGUUUGUGUUUGUUGUUUCUGGACUCAACUGUAAUAACGGUGACAAAAAAAAGGUGUUUUGAAGGGUAUGGGAGUGCAAAAAGUGAAAAAAAUGUAUGACCCAGCCUUAGGUACACAUGCUGAUCUUAGAUCAGGCUGCUAUGCCGUCACCUUAUUAUUAUUAAGACAUCAUAAUGAACCAAGUGGAGCUGAUCUCAUCGUCAGUUCUUGGAUGGAUUUCGUGACAUUUUUGGUUUCCCAGGGUUUAUCCCUGAGAACAGGAAGUUUAUACAUAUAUAUCUUAUACAUCGGGGACUGUUCCUACAGACACAAUAUCACAAAGACACGCCUGCUACUUGUGCCAAACACAGACGCCUAAGUUGGAGGAAGCAUUACUUUUUUGUUUGUUUGUUUUUGGACCAGUAAAACUCAGACUUGGUCUAUGGAUAUGAAACCAGACAGGUUUUGUAAAAAAGGAUGUAAACAUCACGCUCAUGUCAAUGGUGAAGAUGAAGACAAUCCGUCUCGUAACGGUUCUCCAUCACGGAACAGUGAGGUACUGUCUACAGAUUUCGUCUGAGUUUCAAUGCCUUUCAAUUGAAGGAGUCUUGUAAAUACUUUCCCAUGUGUUACUCCUACUUCAAGUAUUAUUUUAUAUCAUUCAGUGUGAUGCACUCUAUAAAUGCAGUAUUGUUACAUUUCGACAGAGCAAGGGAAAGCUGGCAGGACUAAGGUCUGGCAAUGGAUUUGAAAGAUUUUAUGAUCUCUUGUAAAAUUAUUUAAAAAAAACAAAACAAAAAAAAAAACACAGAAUAAUGAGCCGUGUUCGUUAUACUUGGCUGGAGUCCAGUGCGGUGCCAAAGAGCAUUCAGCAGAACAAGAUGCUCAUCAUCAACAGAUAGCACCUUUAUACCUGCCUGUGCUGCCCAUUAGUAUGUCCUUAUGGUACAUUUGGUUACUUUGAGCAGUUAACAGAGAAAGAUGUAUCUGGGAGGUGUGACCUAACCUACAGUUGAGGACAUGGCCUUCCUCCAACAUCCUUCUUAAAGAACUGAAGCUCCAUGGGGACUAAAAGAGGGAUAUAUGAAUAUGUGUUUUGAUUUUUAAAAAAAGAAAAAAAAAAAAGAGUGGCCUUAGGAAAACAUGACUUUUAUAAUCCAACACUUUAUAUGCCAAUUUAAGGCUGGAGGAGAAUGAUGUGUGUGUGUGUGUGUGUGUGUGUGUGUGUGUGUGUGUGUGUGUGUGUGUGUGUGUGUGUGUGUGCGUGUGAGAGAGAGGGAGAGAGUAUCACUUUGUGUACAAAUAUCUUUAUGUAAUCCUUUACUUCCCUAAAGUAUGUGCUCUAAUACUUUUAUUCUGCUGGUAGGACUGUAUCCUGUAUACUUGUGUCUUAGAAAGCAAAUGUUGACCUUACUGUACUGUUCUUCAUAGUUGAAGCAUUCUACAGAUGUACAACAGAAGUUAAUGAAUUUUCAUUUUUUUAUUUCAUUAUCUUUUUUUCCCCAAUAUUUUUUUAAAAAUGUUAUGUAAUUAUUUUUUCACAGUAUAUCAAAUAAAAGCACUGUUUUUAUAAGAA